GCGAUCGACUGUAAACACUGUCGAAGGGCCACUGAGGCCGCUAUGUUGCUCCCGUACGUCAAAUUUGGUUUUAAUUGGCAAUGAAAAUGUUUUUAGACUAUAUGGAAAACAAAUGCUGAGAUUUUAUAUGAAAAGUCACUGGAAGAUUGCAGAAAACUAAGACAUUGUCAGAAUGUUAAGAAUUGAGUCUUACAUUACACCCAUCAUCCUAAGCUAUGUGGACAAGUACAUUAAGAACCUCAAACCUGAGGACUCCCAGGUUUCCCUGUGGGGUGGAGAUGCAGUCUUCAAUAACCUCGACCUUCGUUUAGAUGUCCUGGAGCAAGAACUACGUCUCCCUUUCUCCUUUGUUAAUGGGCACAUUCAUGAGCUGCGGAUCCACGUGCCAUGGACAAAACUGACAUCAGAGCCCAUUAUUAUAACAAUCAACACCAUAGAAUGCAUCCUUAAACUAAAGGGCAGUGACACAGCCAGCUCAGACACUUCAAGCCAAGGAGGAACAGGACCAAAAUCACCAGAUAUUAGGCGGAGGCAGAAAAGGCAAGACCUAGAAGUACCAACUAGUUAUGUCCAAGGUCUCAUCAACAGAAUCAUAAAUAAUGUGUGUAUUGUCUGCAAUAAUGUGAUUCUCAAGUAUGUUGAGGAUGACAUUGUCUUAUCCAUCAAUGUAAAAACACUUGAGUUCCGCUCUGUCAAUGGUAACUGGACACCAGCCUUUAUAGAUUUGACAGCCGAAGACCUCAUAUUGCGGAAUCUUGCAACUCUUACUGAUUUAACAGUGUGCUUAGAUAAGAGAAAUGCUUCAGGCAAGAUUGAAAACUACCAGGAGCCCCUGUUGUACAGAUGCUCACUGUCUUGUAGAAUAAUCCGCCAGUUUGAGUCUGUCAACUCUAUACAGCCACUAUGCACACGAUAUGAUGUUUUUUGCCCACAACUGCACUUCAGUUUGUCAGAUAUGCAGUUGCCAAUGUUUCUGAGGUUGCUUCAGCUGGCCUUGGCACUCUACUAUGGAGAUCUUGGGUCACCCACUGACCUGGAGCAACCCCAAGGCCAGCCAAGAGGGGAUGACCUGGACAUGGGUCAUGGAGAAGACUUUACAGGAGAGGAUUCAUGGUCGUCUUGGGCAUGGUCACUGGGAUCUGCUCUUCUGCCAGUCUAUUGGGAAGAUGAAGAAAACACCAUUUCAGCUCAACAUUACCGGCUCAACAAAACCUUGCAUAUGGGGCUCUAUGUCGAGAUGGCAACGUGGACUUUCAAGUUGACAGAAUCUGUACAAGAUAGUGGAUACUUUGGACCAACAAAGAUGCGAUUCACACCAUUCAUGAGGGUUGAGCACCAGGGGAGCUUUAUGACUGUUGUUGUGCGAGGUCUGGAGGCAGUCAGUGUGCAGCUGGGCAUAUCUGCACUCUCGGUGGAUCCUGUUGGCAUGUGCAUCUGUGGAAUAGCUGAUAUACAAGAGGGAAACGUAUCUUCAGGUGAAGGCCAAACAGUCAUGGCCAAAGGAGCAUCAUCCUUCAUCAGCAUCGGGCAAGAAGGCCAAGAAUACCUUGGCAAAUCCUUGUUUGACCCCCAGGCACUGAUGGAGUCCCAAGAGCUCUGGGAUUAUGCUUAUUCUUGGGAAAAGCACUCAAAGGAAACAACAGAAGCUAAUAUGUUAGCAAGGACAGGGGCUCUUGCCAUGGACUAUUUCUACCUGAUGGAACUCCCAGCAGAUUUAAACAGCGAGCAGCUAUCAGAAAUUAGCACAGACUUAGAAUACAGCAAUUUAAGUGAACGAGCCAUAUGUCGCAUUGCCUUCGGUGCCUCGGAGGUGAAUGCUUCCUCAGGAUUCCACCAUAGACUGCAGGCAGUGUCCCAUGCCCUCAACCAGCAUGACUACCCACCUUACUCUAGUCCACCCAAUAAGGUGCUCCAGUCAAUGAGGAACCCAUUCGCACCGAUAAGGGGCGACAGCACUCGCCCGGACAAAGACAUUGAGUCACAAAAAUCCAAUGUUCAAAACUUAGAUAUGAUUACAGAACUGAUGCAAGUGAAAGGGAAAAUUGUGCCCAUGACUAAAACUUCAGAUGAGCCUCCAGCUGACCUAACGGGUCCCUCAGAGGAAGAGGUGGCAGCGCUCGAGGCCAACACACCCAUUCGCUCAUAUGUUGUGACCAUAAUGGAGCCAACUCUAGUGCUACAUGCAGCUCAGCAUGUGCAGAUCAACAUGAAAACUAUCUUGAAUGCAAAACGUAGAAAGAAAAACCAGAAAGCCAGUGCUGAGCUUUGUAUGGCUCGAGUCCUGCCUGUACCCAGCCUGCGGGUAAAGCUGUCCCGCUUGGAUAUAGAAUGGACAAAGCCCAUGUACCCAAAGAGACUGGUGUCAGCAGCCUGUAUGUUGAGACCUCCUUCUCCAACCAUGCUGCAUAACUGCCACUCUCACUUGUCAUUCACUGCCCACAACCUCUGCCUUGGUGUCCAGUACCAGACCAACGUGGUGCCAUUGCUCCAGGGUUUCUCACCCUCCCUCUACUGCAAAAGCCUCCUCCUACCCUCAUACUGGUCUUCUCCACACCAGCCCAGGGAUGAGUACUUCUUUCAAGCAGAUUCCUUAUGUGUGGAGAGCAGUGCACCCCAGUUGCUACUGCUGUAUCACCUUCUGAUGUCGUGGUAUGACAUUGAUCCACAGCCUGAGGUUCUUCAUCAGGAUUCUCUGGUGGAUGAUGCUCUUGCAACCAAGAAAAUGCAUGUUCUUACUGUGAAGGUCCAUCAUAUUGAGGCUAAGUCAUGUGAUACCCCAUCAUUGUGUGGCUUCAUGGGAACGGUUGGAGGAAUCAACAUGGGCUUGAAGAAGAUGCAAGGUGACUUCUUGUGUCUUCUUCUGUCUGGUCCUGAAGAUAAGACAGGCCUGGAGGUCCUGCUACCCGAGACUGUGUCUGUGACUGAUAAAUUGUUGAAAGUUGCCCUCCAGUUUCCCAAGGAUAACUGUAAUGAGAGUGUACCAAGUAUCCUGACAGUGGGCAUGAAGAAGGUAGCUUUUCUGUUUGAUCCCCUUCUGAUACAAUGGCUGAAAUACUCUCCCAAGAAGAUUGAAUCCGAUGUUUUGAUGGAGAUGGUGUUCCUUAAAAAAAUCUCAGAAGUGCGGGAGAUUGUGAAGCCACAGAGGAAGCCCUCAGAAACAGAAUCAGAGGCCACCAAGGUAGAAUCCUCCAAUGCCACACUUUCUGAAGCAAAAACAGGAAGCAAGCUCUUUGUGCCCCAAGAAUCUCAAGUUCAAAAUGUUCAGAAGUCAUGGAAGGAGAAGUUUGUGGAGUGGUACCCAAUUCUCAGUAGACUCCUCAUUCAUGUAGAUUUGGACACUGCAACAUUGUUUCUGUCUUCUUCUCCUCUGAAUAUUGCUUCAGAGUCUGGUCUAGUCAAUGCUGUCCAUCGCACAUAUUUAACCCGUAGUGAGAGAGGGAUGCUUGGAGAUACUGUGGUGCUAUGCCUCCCUCACCUGGUCCUUCACAAUGCUGCUCAGAAGCAAAGUCUCCUGCACAAUGUACAUGAUGUACCUGUUAUACUGCCAUCAGAAAUAUGGGCAACAGGGCGAGACAAAUUACCUUGGUCUCUAAGUCUUGCUGGCUUCAGUGUGUACAGUCUUCAGGGAUCUGGCCAACAUGUGAAGCUGCAAGUUCUGAAACCUGUUAAUACAACUGCAACACUUGCCAUUUCUACUGUGUAUCAGGGACCAUCUCUCAACCAGCUUGGUCUUGUCAUACACACUGACAUGUCCCCCCUGGAUUUUUAUGGAAGCCGCUGCCAGGUUGUAGGGCAUGUCACAAUAGUAGAGAACCUGCUAAGCCUUGCCUCACUAUUCAUGGAUACAUUGCAGGAAGAGACUUCUUCCACAUCAUCAACGCCGGCCCCUCCCCCUCCUGUGAUGGAAGCCUCCUCUGUGCCCACCACUCACCCACCUCACCAGCAGUCAACACCGACAUCAGCCAUACAGCAGCCAUCCAUACAGCAGUCUAACCUUACGCAGCAGUCGCCCCCAAAACAGCUUCACCACAGUAGCUCUGACCCUAACACUCUGAUGGUGACUGAAGUGGAGGAGGUUGAGGAAGAAAGAGAUUUGAUACUUCCAGUCCAAGUGGUUAGUGAAGCCGAGGUGCAAACAAACACAGGUCCCAUAGUCACUGUGUGGGUGCAGUGGACAGUGGCAAGAGUGUCAGCCUCACUCUAUGCAAACAAUGGACCUGAGCAAAGGAAGCUUCGGGCAGAGUUGGAGGACCUGACAACAGCCUUAGACCUUCAUAAAGUGUAUUCUAAGGUCAAAGUUAAGGUUACAUCUGUCAGUAUUCUCCACUUCACAAGAAGGAAUAAUUCAUGGGUAGCUGGUGAACAUGAAGGUGUUGUCAUGACCUGUGGGGACCAGCUGACUCAUGACCUCAAAGUUAUCAACCCUCGAAAUGGCACGGUAGACCCACACUAUCACUGUGGCAGGACCAACAACAUACCAGCAGAGCAGCCCAAACAGCAUGGAUUUGUUUCACUCACUGUCACAACAGCCCUAUGCAAGAAUAUACAGUCAUGUUGGAACUCAUUGAUCAAGAAGCAUUUAAAUGAAGAUAGGGCACUGCCAAGUGACAGAAAUGCAGACCACUAUUUAAGUGAAGUAGACGUACGUGUUCAGCCAUUUGACUGUGUCUGUUUCCCUGCUUCCUUGCAUAUUUUUGCUUCAGUGUAUGACCCUUGGCUGCAGCUGCAGGUUCCCAAGCAGCUCAUCCAGAAAGGUAGGACCAUCUCCAAAGAACCACUAGGUAUGAACUUGAACAAUCAUACAGUGCCUCUGAUCUACCUUCACACGGAAAGCAUCCGCCUAUUUCUCCCUGCUCGCGACACCUCUAGUGAGGAUUCCUCAGUUCACAACAUGUUCCUGGUGCAACUCGACUCUACUGUGAUCACCCCUCAAGUAGACAACCCUUUGUCACGAAUCAUGAUAAGACCUGACAUCUUCCACAUGGCAGAGAGAGCUAGAAUUCUGGGUGUUCCAGGAUCAGACGUUGAGGAUCGGCAGUACCAAAUUGACCUUGUUGGGUUUAGUGUUAGUACAGGAUCCUGGUAUGACUUGGUGAGUGUGAAGGGAGGACGGCCCAGGAGUUCUUCUGGUGAACGGUUGCGAGUUAUGGGGGAGAAUCCAGCUCUAGAGUGGAACAAUUAUGAUCCAACACAAGAUAAUAAAGAUACAGACAUUAUUCUUCAUCCAUUCAUUGCAAGAUUUGACAGCAGAAUUAUAGCAGCUCCAGCCAUUGUUUAUCGAGGGGUUGAAGGAGAGGAUGGGGUAUCAUCCCCUACUCUGGUUGCAGGUCAUUCGCUAGAAAUAAAUGCCACUUCAGAUAUUGACCUCCAUAUAAGUCUGCCACAGAUCUGUCUCCUUCAGGAUAUUGUUGAGGAUACCACAAGAUUGAUAACCCAGAUGAUAGCAAGUGGCAGGCAAGGCCAAGCAUCACAGAUGCCAUUAGACAUCCAGGACAGUGGAGUGGACUGUGACAUAUCGUCAGUAGAACUCUCAAAAGGAAUGGCUAGCCUGAAGUCCACAGGAAGCAGUGGCUCCUGGUCUUUUGUGCCAUUGGAACUACUGGUCACAGGAGGAAAGAUUACGGCCAGCAUCUUUGACAGAGGGAUUCUAGAAGAGGGGCAGAAAUUGAGUGUGAAGGGUUGGCAGCGGAGUAAGCUGGAGCAAAGAGCCAAGAAGAGAGAGCGUGAGCUAGUGGCUGAGGCUGCAUCAACAGAAUCCGAGCCCUCACCCAAGAGGUUACCACAGAACCGCCAGAGACCAUUACCACGGGACACUGGAGUGGAAACGCCAUCAGAAAAGGAGGUGGAAGAUGGGUAUGAGGGUUCAGAGGAAGGAUCAGUAUGUGAAGGGGGGGGAGUGAACCUCACUCAGCCACGCAUUCGACCCCUUCUCUAUGUGGUUGUGUCCCAGCCUCAUGCUUUCUUAUCUUGUCAGCCACUAAAACAAAAGCUAGACAUAUCUUGCUUCAACUUCAUACUGCGAAGUGUUCCAAAAGGGUUUUCUGUGAAAGCCACGGAAGCCAAACAACUGCCAAGUGCAGAAGACUAUACAACAUCAUGGCUUGAGACACGGCCUGGAGAUCCUCAUCUCAAAACUGGCAUUCCUCCUGCUCUGUUAGUUAUUUCUGCUACAGAUUUCCUACACAAGCCUGCAUCCAUAAAUAUUGAAGUUGGAAGGCCAGUCCGCCUCUACCUAAGUGAGAGUCGUUGGCAGCAAGUGAUCCAUGUUAUGAACAGCUUGUCAAAAGUCACUCCAGUGCUGGGAGUGAUCUCCUCACCUGACACAAAACCAGUUCCAAAGCCAGACAGCUCCUUGGACUCCCAAGAGGCCUCUUCUCCAGAGAUUCUGCGUCAGGCCCUGUCCAACUUUGACAGCAUAUCAGUGGUGACAAACCAGGUUGUGGUCAACUGUGAAAUGAUGAAGCCACACAAAGCUAAGACAGAACUUCAUUGUAGCAUUUCUGGAAUAAAGUUCCGCACUUCUACCACCCGCAAAAGAGCAUCCCAGCCCCAGGAUGCAAGACUGGACAUCAUCUCAGAAAUCACCAUCAAUGCAGAUAUCCUGGAUUUGCACAUGAAAUCAAUCUAUCAUUCUCAAAAACUUCAAACUUUCCUGAAGCCAUGGACAGUAUCUGGGGAACUGAAGCUGCUAUGGCUCCAGUGGAGUACUCAGCCUUAUGUAGAAAUAAGAAUUGAUACAGAAACCAUAAUGGUGGACUUGGGCCCAGAACAUUUGUUUUGCUUCAUGGACCUAUGGCAGCACAUAUCAACAUUCAUGAACAGUGAGAGUGAAGAAAUAAUAGAGGUGAAGCAGGUCAAGCCACCCAAGAAGGAAGAGCAUCCGCACGACAUUCUGUACCAGGAUGACUUACGUGCUGGGAUCUUCCAGUAUGUGAGUCUAGCACUUGAGGAUCCCAAGCCUUACCAGGUUGUGUUUGACAAGAUGGCAGGGACCAUGGUCUGGUGCUACCCAGAACCUCGGACACUGACCAGAGUUGACAUUUAUCCUGUUCCAUUUGUUGCUGCUUCUGAGUUCAGCACAAUGGCAGAUGCCCAAGAUAAAGAUCAAGUCUUGUGCGCCCUUCAGUACUUUGAUUCACUACGUGACACUUUCAUAACAUAUCGCCAGUUCCAGUUGUCAGAGUCAAAGUUCUGCCAGCUGGACCUGCCAAGUUUCUAUGAAAAACAACAUAUUGCAGUAUCAUCUAUGUGGAGGGUGUGUAUAGAUUUCAGGGAAGAAGAUAGCGAUUCACACGAUGGGAAAAUUAUAGUGUCCCCAGGAGCCUUGGCUGCAUGCAUGAGGGUAGAUUCUAUGUUUUCUGUGGACUUAUUGCCCAGAACUCAGGCAGUGGUGUCUGUUGGACAGGCACAGGUAACUCUCUACAAUCAUCUUGCCCUGACUGGGAAUAAACUACCCAAAGAGCUUAGAUUUUUCACUUUAGAUAGAUUAGCUCCUGAAGAACAGCCCUUCCUUACCUUUACCUUAGAGAAUGCAUUUAUGCGCACAUAUUCUUGGGCCUCAGCAGCUCAUGUACAGGUAGGGGGAUCUGUGCGAACUGAUGUGCUUAGCUACAGCUUCUUAACCAGUAGUUGUCUUUUGGAACCAACAUUUAUUGAAGCAAGUAUUGUCACCCAAGAUGCUGAGGGACCAGAUAAACCUAACUGCAUUGACUCUAUAGUUACAGUCAAACCAAUGUUCAUCCAUGUAAACCAGUCCAUUAUCCACACAUUGAAUGUUGCCUAUGAGAGUUGGCUGCAAGUGUCAGCCACAGUUUCAGAUGUAGCAUGUGGACCGAACUUGGCCCUUCUCAAGAAAUCCCCUGUGAUAUUUAUGACCAAUUAUCUCAUAUGCAAUGAUACACUGGAGACUAUUAGGUUUGGGCAAGUAGGGACAGAUGAGAAUAUACUCCUUGGCUCCAGAGGAAUCCACCUUUAUUCCUGGAGGAGUCACAAAUAUCCACCAUUACUGCAUGUGUGUGUGGAGGGAGGCAAGUGGAAAUGGUGUGACCCAUUCAUGCUGGACACAGAAGGAUAUCAGGUACGCACAAUUCACCAUGAAAAUUACCACAUUCACUUCCUGGUAGCCCUAGAGAACUUGUCACCAACACAGAAGCUUGUCACAUUCUCAGGACUGCUUUCUAUAGCCAACUGCCUCAAUGAACAUUUAGAAUUCAGAAUAAUUGAGCCAGGCAAGGAAAAGGAUUCACCCAAGCAUGCAGCCACACACAUGCUUCAAAGCAAGUUUGUAGCCCCAUCUUACAUUGGUGAAGCCCAUGGAAUACGAGUUCGACUGAUGGGAAACCAGACUAUAUGGUCAGGGGAGAUUCCUUUGUCAUAUGAGCGGACAAAGGACUCCCUCCUGGUGAAGAUUCCCUUGAAGAUGAAGGGAGAGAGCCUCAUUUCAUGGUGUCGUGUGCUGAGGCAGAGAGUAGGCUCUGUGUGGAGGCUCCUGGUGGUGUUCAGCCCACAGUACAUGGUCAGAUCCCAUCUUCCUCGGCCUCUGAUUCUCCAUGUCAACACCCCAAGCAAUCACACUUCACAUCAGGUUGUGGUGAAGGGCCGUGGAAAAACACAUACUCUACAGUGCGAUGGUGGCAUCACACAUCAGCUGACAUUCCAACUCAACCCAGAGUUAGAGGUUUCUAGUCCACCCAUUCCCCUUUCAAGAGCCAUGGCUGACCAGAUGCGACUAUCCCAUUCUCAAGAACCUGUGGACAUAUCACAGUAUCUUCAGAAUUUAUUUGAUGGCCCAGAAGAACGUUGGCCAUAUGUAGAUACUUCUAACUUCAUGGGGGAUGUUCUCUUUGCUGAUCAGCCUAAAAUUGACUUGCAGGUUGGAUUCUCUGGUAUUUAUUCUCAGUGCAACACUCUCUUGGUGGAUAUAAGACCUUGGGCUCUUAUGAUUAACCACUCAGGCAUAGAAAUUGCUUUGCGUGAACACGAGUCAACAAGCUGCUGGUUUGUGCCCCCUGGUGCUGUAUUUGCUCCUCCCAAGCUAGAUGGACUUUUUACAAUUGGGGUAGUUGAUAAUGAUCAGCAGUACCACACUGUGCCAUUGCAAUUGUCCAAAGAAGACAGGUGGUACAGCCUCAAAUUUGAAGGAAGGAUACCACGUGAAGGUUUUACUAACUUGCGCAUCUUGACACAAGAUAAAGUAUACUUGAUCACAGUAUUGUCCAGUUAUGAGGAGAACAUACAGAUUUUACACCUCCUUCCCACUUACUCCAUCACCAACAACACUCAAGAGGAACUGACCAUCCGCUCAAUGUAUGUCUAUGCUGGUGACAUCAAGGUGCAGCUCCCAGUGUCUCUGCCAGCUCUGGACUUAGCCUCAAAACCAGCUACGGCUGAGCUGAAAGAAGUCCCCCUCCUAAUGUGGCAUAUUCUCAAGGAUCCUGGUGCUUCCAGUUCAGAUGAGGAACUUUGCUGCAUACAGAUAGGUCAGAAUGGAUAUCAGGCACAUCCAGUGGUGGUGAGAGAUAAUCCCCCAGACCAGAGAAUGACAUUCACACUGCCAGAUGACCAAGAGAGUGCAAUUCUUAAUCGGUCCUUCUUGGUGACUUCCCACAAGUAUCAAGGACAGACAAAGAUGGUGGUCCAAGAAGAUCCUUCACCACAAAUGAUAAUACACAACAACACCAAAGCUUUACUUAUAUUAGGCCAGAGUUCAACCAAAGAAGAUGGGAUCAUGGAAGAGGAAUUGGACAUGUUUGCAGCAAUGCCGUCAGUUCCCCCCAACAAAGCCGUCCAUUACACUUUCCCUUACAUCUCUCAGAGGUUCCCAAACGUUGUGUCAAAUAAUGCUGCAUACCCACGCCUUCAUUUCUCACAGCCUGAUGUUCUCAAUAAUGCAGAAUCAGAGGAGGUUUUGUGGAGUCAGGGAGUGGACAUUCAGCAGCAUUAUGAUCAGUUUGUGAGCAUUCCUGGUCAUGGAGAUGUGAAAGUCCGCAUUGAGAAGGUGGGUCACACGGUCCACGUGUUUAUCGACCCAGUCAGCAGAGUGGAGGUCUCUGCUAGGGACAUCAGGAGCCGCAUAGCAGCAGAGCCAUCCAAGGGGCGAGUGGCCACUUCCUCAAACAAGGGCAGGGUUGUGAAGGAAAAGGAAGGCCUUGUCUUUGAAGAGGACCAUGCCAGCUCCCCAGACAUCCCUACCACUCCAGAUGAGCAACCCCAAAUAGGAAACACGGAAGAGAAAAAGCCCUCCUCUGAGACUGUUGCUCCACUCAAAGAAAAGAACAAUACAGCAACUAUGGUUGUGUAUUGCUCCUUCAUGUGCACACAAGUGGUGCUGGUCCUAAAGGAUGAUGUCAGUGACCAAGAGAACAUCUCAGAGAUUAUGAGAGUCACAUUAGAUAACUUUAUUGUUAGUUUGAGGCCUAAAAUUGAUUUAUCAGAGAAACUUCGUGCCCUGGACUACUCUGUAAAGGAGCGUGUUGAGCUCAUACUAUUUGUUGGCGAUGCCCAAAUUGACAAUCAGCUCUUUGUCGUAGGCAAAUAUGACUUUCCAGUAAUACUUAUCCGGCAGGAUCCAGAGUCUGCUCCUAGAAUCUCACCAUUAGACCCCAUUGAAAGAGCAAUUCAGAUUUCUCACAACAAUGCACUCUAUACCAUGUCCCUGGUUCUUGAACGGUCCCCAACAAAGAUGUGCAUACAUUCCGUCCAUAUGAGGUUAAAGCCUAUAACCCUUUAUGCUGAAGAUGCAGUGUUCUACUCCCUCAUGGAUAUUCUAGCCUCAUUUCUUCCUACCUCUAAGCACAAAGUUUCAAAUAUGAUUGCUGAAAAGGAAGAGAAUGAAGAGGAGGAAAACCUGCCUAUUGUCAUGAAAUUGCCCCAAGAAGUCCUUGUCAAGUCUAAUGCCAUGACCCACCCCAUCCAUAUGAGUCACCUGACUGUUGACCCAAUAUCCAUUUUGUUAAGUGUCCAUGCCUCGGUCAAGCUGUACAUAGCUCUGGAUCAGUCACCACUCAACUUUGGGGGAUUCCAGCGUACGGACAUUAUGACAACAAGUUACAGCUUGGGUCAUAAUCUCACUAUGCACUUCUUGUCUGGAGCACUUAUAAGAGCUGGCUGGGUUGUUGGAUCUCUGGACCUCCUGGGAAAUCCUGGAGGAUUUGCCAGGACUGUUGGGUCUGGGAUCAAGGACUUUGUGCAACUUCCUUAUGAAGGGAUCCUACAAGGUCCCUGGGCAUUCAUAGCUGGUGUGACACAUGGCUCUAUGUCCUUGGUCAAACACCUUACUGCAGGAACUGUUGUGUCCCUCACAAAUCUGGCAAGUUCUGUGGCUCGCAACAUGGAGCGGUUGUCAUUGGAUCAAGACCAUGCUGCUCGCAGUGAGGCAUGGCGACGCUACCAACCAUCUGGUCUUGCACAUGGGCUGAUGCAGGGAUUGUCUGCCUUUGGAAUAUCUUUGCUGGGUGCUAUUGGAGGACUAGCACACCAGCCUAUGCAAGCUCUGAUGAAUGAUGGGCUGACAGCAAAGAGUGUGGUAGGAGGUGUGGGCAAAGGGCUGGUGGGCAUUGUCACAAAGCCUAUAGGAGGUGCUGCUGACCUUCUGGUUCACACAGGCCAGGGAUUACUUCAGGGUGCAGGCUGGCAUCGCGAGCAGGUCCCUCGUUUCCCCCCACUAGUGGAGCCACAUUGCAUGGAGGUCAAUGCUCCACUGAAGCUGGUGUGGAAGUUUGUUGCUGCACUGCCCCAGGAGUGCCAGGCUGUGUUGGCAGCUGUUGAUGCAACUCAUCUGACAGCUGCAGGCACUUACACUCCUGUCACUGUGUUAUUGACUCCACAGGUGCUCUUCAUCUUGAGUGUGGAAGAGGAUGCCCAACAGCAUGCACUGCCUUUGGCCGAGGUCACAUGGCGCCCUCACCCUAAUGACCCGACUCUCUUCUACAUUGAGAAAGUUCAACCUGAGCCCAAGCCACAAAAUUCAGAUAUGGAGCCAGUCAGUGGUUGCCCAGAGCGAGUGGCUGACUAUGUCAGAAGCACCUGCAGUGAAGGCAUGGAGGCUGGGCUGGACUCUUCAGCAGCCUCAUCAGAAGAAGGGGACCAUCCGUCAGGCAACCCCCCGCGUAUCAAGCUCUACGUGUCACCCCGCCUCCGACCUUCUGUCUUGUCUGCCAUCAACAUAGCAGCAAGAGCUAGUCAGGGUAGAGGGUUUAUUGUGUGAUAGUUUCAGGAGGAAGGUUGUUACUUUCGUGAAGGAUGAUCUGGUGUGGGGUUUUGGAAAUACUGUUAAUCUAGAGCAUUUUUAUGGGUGUUUAUUUGAUUGAUUAGUCACUGUUCUAUGGUUGUUGUUUUUAUUCAGUUCAUAUUUAAAUGAUGAACUAAAUUUAGGGUAGAAGAAAAAAAUCUUGUUCCUCUUUACUCAUCUUACUUUGCAUUUUCAUGUGAAAGCAGUAUUUCAAUUUUUUUUUUUCUUUCUUUCUUUCUUUAUUACUAAUUCAUUCUUCAAUUUAGAGAUUUGUGUAUAUAGGGUCCCAACAUUUAUGUUUUGGCCUUCAGAGAUGUUUAGAAGACUACAUAUAGUUGCUGCUACAGUAGUAAUAUCAUGAAUGUACAGUUCUUACUCUUUUAUAUUUAUUUGACUAAAUUUAGGACUAAAAGCUUAUAAAGAUUGCUUUAUAUCUGAUAUCUGAAGAAAAUAAUUUAGGCUUAUGUCGGGCAGCACAUAGCACUUGUGGUUGAACUCGUAGUAAAUGUCCAUGUGUAAGUAAGUACCUUCUCCUUCCAUCCAUUUUAACCAUCCAUUCAUGUUCAGGUCAACUCAUCAAAAUGGAAAGGUUGGUGAUGUAGUCUCCAACAUGUGCUGCCUCAUAAUUUGUGGGAGAUGUGAGAAGCAGCUGAUUGUGUAUCUUGACAUUCACUGCUUUCACUUUUUUUUUCUACUUCUUGCAUAUAAGGUAUAAAUGAAAAUUAAUAUCUUCUGAAUGCAAGAGAUGUAUUUGACCAGUUUUUAUUUUGUCUGUCAGAAAUACACAUAUUUCUAAUGAAGAUAAAAUUGACACUAAAUGCACCUUUUGCCUGUGAAGAUAAUUAUUUUCAUUCAUACCUUUUUUACAUUUGUUGCUAUAAACACUGUUGAUCUCUCUUCUUCCCCUUUUUAUUGUAGUUAUUUCUUCCAGAUUUGAAAACAAGACAAUGAGAAAUCAUUUGAAAGAGAGAAUAUUUUUCUCUAUGCUUACAGAAGUUGGCUAUUCUUUUGAUAUGUUUAAGCGAUUAUUCUGUCACUGUUUUAAAUGUACAGGAGCAAAAGAUUUGUCAUGGAGAUGGAGCAGCUCCCCUGUAAAAGGUAGUAAGUAAGCUUACAUGAUACACUCCAAAGGUUUAGGUUAAAUUAGCCCUACAGAGUUUAUGAGGGCUUUGGCUCAUAGGCCAGCUCUCAGAUGAAAAUUAAUUACCUUUGAUCUAAUGUCAUUCAUAUUUCAAAUAGGUCAUUGAUUCCGAGGUGAAGUUAUAAAAAGAAUGGUAUAGCUUUUUUUUUUUUUUUUUUUUUUUUUACUUAUAUGAUUAAACAGGGAUUCUUAUCUUGAAAAGAAAGACUUUACAAGUAUUGAGAACAUUUGUACCAGACAUUGGGUCAGAACAGAUAUCUUCCAAACACUGACCUAAUAUAGAAUGCCUAGCCAUCUUAUGAUAUGAUUGUCUAUCAGGAUAUCAUUUUAUAGAAUUAAAUGGGUAUAUGCAAAAAAAAAGACAUAUACAUGUUUAACUGUGAUUUAUAUAAUGUGUAAGGUGAGAUUGUCUCUUGCUCAGAAAUACAUUGACUAGCAUGACAGAUCAGUGCACAAUAUAUGCCUCCUUUUGGCAUUCAUCAUUAUGAAGGUGUUUAAUGUUCUUCCUUUAGAAUGUAUGAAAUAUUUAUUAUAUUUUAUAUACGUCUUUUUAAAAUGUGCUGUGUAUUUUGUAACUACUCAUGUUAUAUGGAAUGGAAUAUUUAUGAAAAAAGUUUAAAAACAGUGUUAAAUAGAUACUUUUAUGACAAUAUUAGAUGAAAUACAGUAACUUAUUACUUUAUAUGUAUGUGUGUGUGUGCGUGUGUGUGUGUAUCUGUCUUAGAAGUCAAGAAAAUUAUUAAGAAUAGAUACAAGGACCAGUAUUUUUUUUUUUUUCUGGGAUUGGUACAACUGAAAAAGUUCUCAUGUUUAUAAGAUUUUAAUCCCAUGAUACAGAGUAUAUUGCAGUAUGAAUGUUUACAGAUGGUCCUUAGAUAAACUUUCUAAUGCCAGUACUGCAACAGUGUUCCAUGCUGUGGGUACACUGAAGAGAAAGGUGUUGGUCCAAAUUUUGCAAAUGCUUGGAAUCUGUUUCGGAAACUUUUUUUUUUUGUUUUCUUUUUUAUUUUGACGUACACAUUAUUUUAGGAUUAGAUUAUAUUAGAUUAUGGGUGUGAACUCUCUCUCAAAAAAUGAAAAGAAAAGAAAAAAAAAAGAGGCUUGAAGUAUCAAAGAAGCUAAACCAACCUGUAGUCCAUGUUUUACUGUUAGGACGAUAUUGGAAAAGAGUACACAAAUGCAGACUAGGACCUGACCAUAAAUGAUUAGGAUAUGAAUGAUUAUGAAUGAUUAUUGCUUUUUUUUUAAACAUUAUUAUGAACAGGUGAGAUUGUGUUUAUUAUUGAAGGAUUCAAUCCUAAAUUUAGUAGGAUUACCAUAUGCACUGUAUGACACUUUAAAAAAUCAUUCACAUCAGUUGUGUGAUGUUGUGUUUAAGUAUAUUUGUUUUAUUAAUUAUUCAGUGCACCUACAAAUCUCAAUUUCAUAUUUGUGAAAACAGGUAAGCAACAUUAUUUGUUAACUAAAUUAAUAUUUGAUCAAAUUUGUUGUCAUUGUAGGAAUAACACUCAGUGGUGCUUAAAUGUCUUGAGCUGUAUCCACAUAAUGAUUGGGUAUGCCCAGUGGGCAGGUGUGCUUUAGCAUGUCAUUGGUCAAUUUUAACAGGCAUACCAGCAAAGUGGCCUUGCCCAUAGUUGAGUAAAUUUGCGAAAUAUGUCAUACGACCCUUCCCUGCUGGUAGUACCAUCUACUGCCAGUUUUCUAGCCACAUAUCAACUCGGCCAUGGGCAUGACUGAUUGUGUGGAUGUAGCUUUAUCCAUUGAAUGUUUGCUUAAAAUUAAGGUGUUUGGGAUAAUAUCUUAUGGACUGUAAUAUUUGUUUUCUAUUGUCCCUUUUUUCUUUCCAGUUUGAUUUAAAUGCCUUGCUUUAAGCCAUAUCACAGGCCACUUAUCCUCAUUACCUUGCACUGCAGACAGUAACCCUUUCAUGGAUAGUUUAUUGCAAAGAAAGUAAAUAUUUAGUGAUAUUGAGAAGAUACAAAGGAACGGUUGUAUAUAAUCUAAUAAUAAAAUUCUUGCAGACAUGCUUGAAUUUCGAGAGUGGCAACAUCAUACAUUUUGUUUGUUUAUUUACAAUAAUUUUUCUUGUGAAGAGAAAAUUAAGCUUUCUCAUGGAAGGGGUUUAAUAAUCAUGUUUACAUACCUGUGAUGUACCAAAAUUCCAGUCGAUUUAUAUAUUAGAUGGACUACAUGUAUGUAUAAUAGUCUUUGUAAAAGGGUAUAAGAAUGAUUCAAUUUUUUAAUUUAUUAUAUUAUUGCACUUGUGUUGGACUUGGAAUAAAAUGAAAAGUGAU